GGCCAUUCUUAUUGCAAUGAUGAAAAGAUGGUGAGAUGAUGGUGAAGAAAAAGACUCCGCUGAUACAGGCUUGUUUCAGACCAAAAGGACUUUUAUUUAGCAAACCAAGAUAUCAGUUCAGAUUUCUGCAGCAAUCUGAGGAGAGAUUCAGCCAAUCUUCGAAACUCUCUCUCGUCUGUCCCCCCGAACUCCACGUUUUAAGGCCUGUAAGACAUCAUUUCUGAUGGCAUAAUGAGAAACAGAGCCAUCCUCCUGAUCAAAAGUGGUCAUUUCCUUCUCCAGUUUCAGAAGGUUAUUUGUCCGUGCAAACAAAUGAAUGUAUGCUUUCCUUUAAUUUCUUUUUCUGGAUGUAGAUUUUACAUGCGUAAACACGAUAUGGCCGUGGCGCCUUUCUGCUCCUCAGCAGGCCACUUAUAUAUUGGGUCUAUAUAUUAUGAGGCCCAAACCCUUCAAAAUGUUCCUUAUUAGAAACAAUUGCUAUAUGUAUCCUAUGGAUGACCCCUUGUAUCUGGGCAAACUAAUGACUUCCUGAUUGCAUCUGUAGAGCUGUAUGCUCUAUAAUACUUAAUAAAAUCAGUCUUAUUGCUAUCAGUCAUAUUGUAAUAUUCUAUAAUAAUAAUAUCGGUCUACAAUUCAUAUUCUGCACCGUGUUCCUCAUCGCGACCUUUAUUUUGAAAUCCCGGGCCAGAAGUGUGCCUCGCUAAUCUCUCGAGAGUGACAGUCCGUCUACGGGAUUAUUCGUGAACUCAAGUGCCCCCCAAUCCGCCGAUGAGAGCUGCAACUGUUUUUACAGCUGACACAUUUCCCUUUUCGAUCAGGUGAAACGGGAUUUUCUGGCUGAGCGGUCGCUGCUGUCCAUGCGGGCUCCACUCAUGUCUGUGGAUGGUGCGUAAUCAUAUCAUCUGGAGAGGCCGAGGCCGACAUUUUACCCCGGUCCGGAGGAGCCUUAACUCCGAGGGGACAUCCGAGGACACGCGAUAAGGCUGGGAGGCUGAGAGCUGCAGGGCUGCGACAUGUGAAAGGAGCUCCACCCCUUGACCCUCUCAACUCUCAACCUUCGCAGAACUCACUUGAACCGACGUUGUGACCGCGACCUGACACCCUCCUGCCUCGGGCAUGCCUCAGCCGGGUAUGAAUGGGAUGGAGCCUGCGUUUGGCGAGGCCUAUGGGGGACACAGGGGUCUGCUGAGCCCCUACCCUCUGGCCAUGUCGCCACAGGGGGGCAGGACUGAGUACGACCAGAGCGUGCUCCUCAUGCUGGGCUCCCCGGCAUCGCCAAGGAAACGGCCCUUUGAGUUGCUAAGCGACCUGGUGGACGAUGGUGGCUUCGGCGAGGACCUGCACCCGGAGCGCUGGGACGUGUCCGCGUUGGACGAGAUGGCUCGCUACACCAAGCUGGGCCUCGGGGUGGGAGGGGAGCUGCUGGCCUGCUCUGAGGAAGCCGUCCUGAUGGGCCGCUGGGGGAGGAGCCGGGAGGAGCAGGAGGAGGAAGAGGAGGAGGAGAGGAGGCGGAGGAACAAACACACAGCACCUCCCGUCAUCCAGGAAGUCCAGGCCACUGCCGCAGGGAGGGAGGAGGGGCGCACCUCUGUUGCCACGACAACAGAGAGGGAGUUAUGUGUUGCAGGAAGAGUGCCCGGAGGAGGACAGGAUGGGGGGAUGCCGGGGGAGCGCACAGUGGAGGUUUAUCAGGUGGCACAGGAGGAAGAGGAGGUGGUGGCGGCGGCGGUGGCUGGUGCAGCUCUGGAGCACUGCAGCGAGGAGCACAACUACUCCCUGAGCCAGGGAGAGGAGCUGGGGGCAGGGCCCGGCCACAACUCCCAGACAGAGGGGGAGACACAGCAGGAGGUGCGGGGCAGGGAGGAGAGCCAGACCAAGACUGAGCUAGAUCUGGAAGACGAAGAGCAGGAAGAAGAGGAGGAGGAGGAGGACGAUGAAGAAGAGGAGGAGGAGGACGAAGGAGAGGAGGGAGCGGAGGAGACGGCGGUGGAGGCUGAACUCUCCAGCUCCUCAGAAACUGAAUGUGAGGUGGAGGCCGAGCCAGUGAGGCAGCCGGGCGAGCGCCCGUCGAAGCGUCGCUGUUUCUGGGAGUACCGGCGCGCUCGAGAGUCGGCUACAAAGAAGAAAUUGGGCGGAGACGUCCACUGGUCUCUGUCUUGGAGCUCCAGCACUCUACCCAGCACACUGUACCGCCGAGAGGGCAAAAAAGGGCGCCGCAAAGCUCGCAAGACAGACGCCAGCGACCUGACACCAAACCCCCAGAAGCUGCACAACAUCGGGGAGCAGCUGCAGAAGCUCAACGCAGCCAUCGACGGCAUGGGCCCCGUCAACGACCUGCCCGCUGUGGCCCGUGCCCGGUCCCGUAAGGAGAAGAACAAGCUGGCCUCCAGGGCCUGCCGGCUGAAGAAGAAGGCCCAGCACGAAGCCAACAAGAUCAAGCUAUGGGGGCUCAACCAGGAGUAUGAGAACCUGUUGGGAGCUCUGCUGCGGAUCAAGGAGGUGAUCCGACUGAGGGUGGAAAGCAGCGAGGAGGAGGACACGGACGAGCGAGGGAUGACCCAACGGCUGGAAGACAUCCUCCGAGAGUCCAGCGGUCCUUUAGUUGCUGGGCGGACCAAAGACUUUGUGCAGAGGAUUUUGGCGGCCAGUGCCGGCGGUCAGAACCAGCGCAAAGAGCCCCUGCAGGGAGGUGAUGAGGUGGCAGGUUAAACUCCCACAGCAUCCCCUUCUCCUCUUCCUCCUCCCUCCUCCACGCCUUCCCCUUCCACCAACCAAGCAACCUGACCCGACCAAGCUUCUUCACACCACCUCCACUCUCACGAUGUACACAUUCGAGUAAGAGUUAAGAGAUGAAGAGGUGGAGAUGCUGGGGAAGAAGAAGAGGAGGAAGGAGUAGCCUAAACAAAGCAGGAGUAAAUUGCCACCCUCCUCCUGCUCCUCUCCUGUUGGCCCUCCAAAACAGCAGCCGUCUUCACCGCUCUGUCUCUGCAGGCUGCACCACAACCACCGCCAGGCCAGAGCUGCUGCUGCUGCUGCUGCUGCUGACGUCUCUGUAUUCUGUGUUCUGUGUGUGUGCGUGUGUGUGUGUGUGUAAGGUGUGUAACAUACUGUAUGAGUGUAUAGUGUUCCUCUCUCCCUCUGUGUGCUGUAUUUGUAUCCCAGUGUGCCUAUGAAUAGACAUUGCACUGUUUUGUAGAUGGUCGUAGUUGUCGGCAGGGGGCCGGUAGUGAGGCGAGGGCGAGGGGGCAUCUGAGGAUAGAGGAAGUGCUAAAAUAAGGAAGUGGGAGGAGCGCAGGCCUGGAAGACAAAGAAGCGGGUGUGCGCUUUUUUUGUUUUUUUGGCCAAGCUCCUAUAGAAGCACUGCAUACCAUUUGGAUUGCAUCGGCAUCUGAAAUGUCAGUAACAAGUGACGGAGUCCAGAGUCCUGAUGCCAGACCAGCUGUUAAUGGAAACAACAGCGUGUUUGUUGUGGAAAAGUCCUUGGAGCUUUAAAAACCCCCUCAAACCCCUCCUUCUUUAACUCCCCUUCACCCCAUCAAAACGUAAGCAAAGUUAAAAACGAAAGAGAAAACUGCACCUUAAUUCAAACUGACCAAAGAUACUGCUGAACCACUCAGACACCAAAACCUCUCACUGCUUCAGAUGCUGCCAACCAUCAACACAUCGUUUUGUUUUGGAAAGUGAGGGACUGAAAUAUUUUGAUUGUUGUCAUGUUUACCCGCAUACAUCCUCAGAGGAUGACGUUACUGAACUUUUAAUUCCCUUCACCUAAAUGCACUACUAUCAUGGACCUGGGAAGCCGUGGUGUGACAGACAGGAAAUGACUGACAGUUUGUUCUUUCGUCAGCCUUUUAGCUCUGCAGCCUGGUGCUCCUUUAGCUUAUCUGCAGUGGCUUUAUUUUUCCCCACAAAAGGGAAGUGUCCUCAAUGCCUUCCCCGAGCCCUCUCCUCAACCCCUGACCUGAUUAUGUAGCGCACCUUCCUGAAUUGCAAUGACAAAUAGAGAAAAACACUUGUAGAUCUAGAAAGCAAAUAAUUUUUUUUUUUAAUUAUUAUUAUGAUUUUGUUGUUAUCUGGCAAUGCCACAGCCCACACAGUGGGUGUCAGUCGUGACAGUUUUGAAUUCUGCCUUUCUUCUGUGGUCUUUGCUGAAGCUGUAGACCAACCUGUCCAAGGUCUCUAAAUGUUGUUGGACAUAAAAAAAAGUCAAGGACCCUUUGAAUUGCACUGUGGUAAGAGCAACUAAGCACCUUCGAAGAGGGCUUCAGAUCCUCCAAAAGAGAAAAAAAAGACUCUUGGCACCUUUUGUCUAAAGACAGAUAUUGAUUGAGAGGCUUGUUGUGGGCGCUCGGCGCUUUGUGACCGACUAGUCUCAGUUUGUUUCAGUUUGGUGCUACUGUAUGGUGAAAAAAUUUUUAAAAAGCAAUGCAAACCUGAGCGGAGGCAUCAGGCAGUAACUGCUGACUGGGUUUUGGCCUGCGAGCAUGUACUGUUGUAAUAGGCAGUUUGUUUGCAUAAUGACGCCUUUCUGAAGUGCCUGGAGCUUAAAGCCACAGGGACCUGUGUUAUUAUGCCUGAUCUUAAACCCUAUUACAAAGUAAAACGUAACCCAUGACUACUGCUCCCAGCUUGGCCUCACUUGACUUGGAAGAAAAAAAAAACCCUGCAGGCCUGUGUUGGGUCCGAUCACGUAUUUAGCCAAAAAAAGUCAACCAAAAUAUUUUCCUUUUCAGAUUCAAACCUAUACAUGGAAACAGUAGCUUGCACCGGUUUCUGUGAACACCAGCUCUGGAAAAUAUAAGUAGAGGAGUGGCUGUUUGCUAAGCAAUCCCCUUUUGUUUUUCAACCUUGACGAGCUCACAUCUGGGCUGCGUUCCAAAGCUGCUGCUCUAUAACACGCUGUUCUCCUCCUAUGGAAACUCCAUUUCCUGUCUCAACUAGAAGGGGAACAGUGAACCUUAAACUCUUCACCUCCUAGAGGUCUCACUCGUGGUCAUUUUGAAAAGCUGUGGACACAAGAGUUCAGGGCAGUUUGCCUUGCUCCUGUUUAAGUUUCUGUAUUCUUUGAAAUUCUGGAAAAAGUUGCUCAUGGUUGCAUGAGUAUAGAACUGUACUGUAAACAGAGGAUUCCUGUCAUUCAGCUGGAAAGGUUUUAUCGCGCUGGUGAGCAGAGCUUUUAAAGCUCUGAUGCUAAAGACAGAUAGUCUGAUGCUCUGAUGUCACUGAGGCUUCUUAAGCAUCACCACAGAAACCUGGUCUGGGUUUCAUGUGAUUAUUUUCCAGUAAAAAAAAAGACAAGGUCAAGAAAACUCUCAGCCUGUUUGGUUAAAGGUGCUCUCUGCACUCUUGCUCUCAAGGCUUGGGAAGCUGGCAAUGCUGCCAGCAGUCACAGGAUCGCAUGCUGGCUGCAGCUUCCUUCACAUGCCCUCGCGCUACAACAAACAAUAAGAGAGGAAACGGCAGAAAACAACUGUACACAUCAGUAAUGUUUAAACUGUUCCCAUCUGCCACGUUGAAGGAGCAUGGGGUCUUUGGGUUUAAGAGGGAUUUCACUUUGCAUGCAUAAGUUUGUCCUGAUGUUUUCCUUCCUCCAAAGUGGUGUUAUUUAACACAAAACACCAUCUGCUGCGUACAUUCAUCUAUAUGCCAAAAACUGAGGACUGAGGAGAAAACUGUUGUUACACAGUGAUUUCCUACCACAGAUCCAAACGACAAACAAGAAAUGACGCUGGAUUUUACUCAACUUGUGAGCUCGUGUAAGGGCUUAAAUCGAUACUGUAGCAUUAUUCCUCUUUAGAGAAACACUUUUUGUAUCAUGGAAUAUCCCUUUAACUGUAAAGCUUUAACGGGGAGUGGCCAGUUUUUGGCAAGGCCACUUGCUCUCAGUUCACAUUCCUGACUCACUUUCCCAGAAAGUUUCUGUUUAUGUACCUGGAAGAAGGAGGCAGAUAUGUGAGGGGGGAAACUGGAAUGACCCAGAGAUGUCUGCUGGUUGGUCACGUCUCUGUAGCUGCAUU